GCCUUCCCAGUACGGCUAUAGCGGGGUGCCUGCCCCGACCGCAUCGACUACAUCAUACAUCCAUAGAACGCUGCUCCCGGGGAGAAAGAACAAACGACACGACAGAACCACACGACAGCGCCAAAACAAAGAGGUUAGUAUCAUGAUCAACAGAAAUUGUGUUCCUAUCAAUCCUCAACCUUAACAUCCAAACAACAAAAUGGAGACCCAACAAGUCCACCGUCUCGAGCUCGACCCCAGCAAGCGGAUCCCGCUCCUCAAAGCCCAGCUCGAACACCAUCACCAACAUGACCAUUCGCAUGACCACGGCCCCGAACCUGUCCUCCCCGUCGCGAACAUCAAGACUCACCCGACCAAGGUCUCGACAGGUCAAGAAAACGGGAGCGUCUACUUCAUCGGUAACGCCACUACGGUAAUCGAAUGGCACGGCAUCCGCAUCCUUACUGACCCGAACUUCCUGCACGCCGGCGACCACGUACAUCUCGGUCCCGGUGUCACCGCCGAACGGCUGAAGAACCCAGCCAUCGACAUCGACGCCCUGCCUCCGCUUGAUUGUAUCCUCCUCUCGCACUACCACGAAGACCACUUCGACAAGCUGGUGGAGGAGAGUCUGAACAGGGACUUCCCCAUCAUCUCCACUCCGCACGCGAAGCAGGCAUUGGCUGGCAAAGAAGACCCGUUCAAGGCCGUUUACGACUUGGACUUUUUCCAGUCCAUCCUUCUUCCUGUGGUCAACUACAAGGGCGACACAGGAGGGAAGAAGCCCGUGGUCAAGGUCACCGGCAUGCCGGGGAAGCACGUCCCCCCCGGACCGCUUGCCGCUGCAAACGAGCUUCUGGGAGCUGUCCCACCGACCAAUGGCUGGUUGAUCGAGUUGAAUUACUCGGCUGAUGGGUCAGAGAGCAGAGGCGAGACGGGGUAUCGCAUCUACAUCUCUGGCGACACGUUGUUUGUGGACGAGCUGAAGGAGAUUCCGCAGCGGUUGAAGGACGAGAAGAUUGACCUGAUGCUGGUUCACUUGGGAGGCACUACGAUUCCAGGACCCAAGUUGCCGUUGUUUAUGGUGACUAUGGAUGCGGAGCAAGGGGUUAAGCUGAUGCAGUUGAUGGAUCCGGACGUGACGAUUCCGGUGCACUUUGAUGAUUACAGUGUAUUCUUGUCGGGGCUGGAUGAUUUUAAGGAGGCUGUUAAAGGAGCAGGACUCAGUGACAAGGUUGUAUACCUGGAUAGAGGUGAUCAGUAUCGGUUUAAUGUGCGUGGAGCUUGAGGUGCUCGCGAGACAUGAAAGCUGUUAGAGAGGUUGGUCAGGUAGCUAACUCUGUCUUGAAUCAACGAUAAGAUAAGAAGCUCCAAAAGUGCAUGGAUUUUCCUUACCCGCAUCCAUCAAUCGGCUCGAUUGGACAAGGGCUCCUUGCAUAGCAGCUGUAC